AUGUCUACUCGACCUCGUGUUAUAAAUAUUGAAGAAGUAUUAGUUAAAUUCGCAUUACCUCGUUUAACAUCAUCAAUAUAUGAACGCAUUCGUUAUUUUUCACGGUUAGUAUCUCCAGGUGUUUUUACGUCAGGUGGUCUCUUAAUUAUGCCUCCAAAAAAAGGAGGAACAGGUGCAAGUAAACAAAGGCAACAUUUAUUUUAUUCACAACAAGGUCAAACAGCAGUAGCUGAUGUUGGAGGAACAAUGGCGAUGAGUCAUAGUCCAAGAACAAAGGCUUCUACACAAACAAAGGAUUCUACAGGAACAAAGGCAGGCUUAAACAAGCAAUCAAAUUUUAGUAUUGCACCUCUAAUUCUAGAGGGCACUAUAUCAUCAUUUGCUCACUUGUUUCGAUUUGUGAGAACUUCAAUUCAACUGAAUCAAUACAUUACCAACGCUCCUGUUAAUGGAAUACUAACUGUCGUAUUGAACAAUGGUACAAUGUCGACACAUUGCAUAUCAAACACUUAUUGGGGCAAUGCUCGUUCAUGUGUUACUAGUGUUUCUUGUGUACGUUCUGAAGGUUUUUAUUGUAGAAAAUCAUUUUGUAUGCAAUAUUGGAUUGAACCGUUCCAAAAAAUACCGGGUUUAUUUGUAAGUUGUCUACUUGUUGAUUCUCUUCUUGCAUCUUCACUUAAAUGUUUUUAUAAUGCAUCAUGUAUUCAAAUGCUUAUUAAAUGGCGUUCAUUUGAUUCAUCGAGUUUUACAGCAGAUUCUCGUAUAAUGAAUGUCACUGCACUUGAUCCAACUAUUCAUAGUCGUUUUUCUCCUGAUAUGAUAUUAGAUAAAAUUAUUUCACAAUUAUUUAUUGAAGAUUGGACGACUUCUACUAAUUAUAGCUCUUAUUAUAAUACUUAUAUUUAA